AUGUCGAGUUCCGUGAUUUUUGUUGGUCUCCUGAUCGGGUUUCUGGCUCUGAGUUGUGCUCAGCUUCUGCCUCUGGAAGAAGAAAAUUACGAAACCCUCACUGGAAGAAUAUCAGCCAAAGUUCUUGCCAAGAUGGUGGAGCAGGCUUCUUCAAAUACUUUGCUGACCAAAUUUUCAGCAAUUGAGCUGAAGGGUUUAAAUUUAACUGGAGUUAUACCUGAGGAACUCGGAAAUCUUACACAGUUAGAAAAAAUUGAUUUCACUCGCAACUACAUUAGUGGAUCAAUCCCUGCCAGCCUUUCCCGCUCCCCCAUUCGUUUUCUGUAUCUUUUGGGGAAUCGACUUAGUGGUUUAAUUCCUUCUGGUGACUUUACUUUGCUCAGAGAGUUGGACUUAAAAGACAAUCAGUUUGAAGGCCCUCUUCCGCUAAACCUCGGGAGGUUGACUCAAUUGGAAAGAAUCCUUCUUUCUGGAAACAAUUUUACUGGUACGAUACCAGAAUCGUACAGAAAUCUGAAGAACUUAAUUGAUUUUAGGAUAGGUGGGAGCCAAUUAUCAGGGAAGAUACCUGAAUUUAUUGGAAACUGGAGCAAACUUCAAAAACUGUGA